GUACUGGUGUUCCAAUAUAUUAAAUCUAUGAAGAACCUUUCAAAACAAAAUUAUGAGGGUAUCAAUAUCGUUGUCACCAUCUGUCCAAGGUUUUCUUUUAAGUAACGUCACCAUAGCCAAGCCACAGCAUUCUGCACUUCUUCAAGCUGGAUAAUGCAUCAUCGAUUCAGUCCAUCUGCUGUCGUUGUUCCUAAGUUUUUCUUUCUAAACAUUGGACUUUCGGUACAGACGAAUGUAUUUGAAACCACGUUGCAGAUUGAGUCACAAGAAAUACUGGACACAGGAAUUUGCGACGUUGUACAGCUCAAGUCGGGCUAUCCCGUCGAGAAUCAAUUUUCAAUUCCAUCUCACUCGAUCUUUUCACGCUUUUCUAUAUCGCUAGACCGCCACUAUCAUAUAUCGAGAUGCUGAUUAAUGCUCCGCUUUUUCCAUCUAUACCAGACGAGCCAAUGGUGUUAGCUGCAAUCUUACUUACGGGUGGUGAUCAAGCCAUCAUCGACUUUGGUGAUGACAAGAGAGCCACGUAAAAUACAACACAUGACCGCCUGUACGAUAGCAUAUGUCCAUUUUCGCCUUGCUGAGCGACAACAUGCCCUGGGGCCCGAUGCAGGAUUGAGAACGUGACUUGGUCGACAUUUUCACAAACGAAGGUCACUUGCUUGUCUAAAAAUCCGAACAUCGACCACAUACCAUCAUUUGACGCGUCAUUGCCGAAGGCUUACGUAUGUACGUACUUUCAAGCGUACACCGAGAUCGCGGC